UAACUACUAGGACUGAGCACUUGAGUGCCUUGUGAUUUUCCAACGACCUAAGGAAUACUCCCGUAUAAAGAUUGUGAUGCCUGGUGGAGAGGAGCAUUUUAAACAUGAAGUUGCUGUGGAUGUGGAUACCCAUUUUGGGCUUUCUGAUGUUUUUGGAAAUCUCCUGGACUCGGCCUGUUGAUGAGGAACAGCAGCUAAUGCCUGCGGAUGUGAAGCUGGCAGAGGUUUAUCUCAGAAGUUUCUACAACCUGAAACUAAAUGACAAAAAUUACCAAGGUCGAACAAGGAGGAUCCGGUCCGUGUCAGCCAUGGAGGACAAGAUCAGAGAAAUGCAAAAUUUCUUUGGUCUGAGAAAAACGGGAAAACUGGACUCUCACACUCUGGAUGUGAUGAGGGAGCCGAGGUGUGGUGUUCCAGAUGUGGACAACUUCAGCUUUUACCCCAAUAAUCCGAAAUGGAAGAACCACAGUAUCACAUACACGAUUGCAAAAUAUACUCCAGACAUGAGGAGAGAAGAUGUGGAAACGUCCUUGUAUUCAGCCCUGAAGAUGUGGAGUGAAGCAGCUCCACUGAGGUUCAUCGAAGUCAACCAUGGCAAAGCUGAUAUUGUUUUCACCUUUGCCCGUAGAAUGCAUGGAGAUUUCUUUCCCUUUGACGGACCCCGGGGUGUGCUGGCUCAUGCCUUUCAGCCAGGAGAGGGGUUGGGUGGAGAUGUGCACUUUGAUGAGGAUGAGACAUGGACAGCAGGGGACCAAGGUUACAGCUUAUUUGUUGUUGCCGCUCAUGAGCUUGGACACUCACUGGGUCUGACUCACUCAAAAGACCCCUCUGCUAUCAUGUACCCCAGUUACAAGCAUCACAGCAGUACACCACAGACUCUAUCAACAGAUGAUGUGCAGGGGAUCCAAAUGCUGUAUGGCAAACCGACCAGAAAGGUGGAAACUCAGCCAGUUGCUCCAAAAAAAUGUGACCCCAGCUUUUCUUUUGAUGCAGCGGCAGUGAUGGAAAAUUAGAUUAUUUUCUUUAAAUCCUGGCACAUGUGGAUAAGAACAACAAGGUCAACUUAUUGGAACCGCCUGACAGAGAGCCACAUCAGCACAUAUUUACCCAGCAUCACUUCUCCCAUCGAUGCUGCUUAUGAUAUCCCUGCCAAAGGCGUGGCCUACAUAUUCGCUGGUCAUAAGUACUGGGUGGUUCAGCAGCUUAAGACAAGAAGUCGUGCUGGCUCCAUUUAUGAGUAUGGCUUCCCCUCCAGAGUCAGGCGGAUUGAUGCUGCAGUUCACGUCAGCGAAUAUGGAAAAACUAUGUUCUUCAUAAGAGAGUUUUAUUACAGGUAUGAUGAGCACAAAAAAAAGAUGGACCCUGGAUUUCCCAGACUGAUUCAAGCAGACUGGCAAGGCCUCCCGAGAAGGAUUGAUGCUGCAUUCAAGUUGCACGGAAGCAUAUUCUUCCUCAGUGGGACAAAAUCCUUCCAAUAUGACUACAAACAAAAACAGGUGGUGAAUAUAAUUGCAGGAAGUUCUUGGUUGGGAUGCUGACUUCCUAAGAAAUCAUCCUAUAUGUAAUUAAAAAGGUAAUAUCAGAUAUAUGUGUAGCUGUUUAACUGAGAUUGUUAUGUAUUGUUGAUUUAAUUCGUAAAGUUUUAAGGUUAUUAUGUAUAACACUUAAUUUUUAAAGUGAAUGUUAAAUGU